GAAAAUAACGAACCUGCCAAGACAACGCUGCCGGAAUUCCUACCUCCCUUGAUGUUGCGAAUAGACCCUACAUUGUAGAGGAAUACUUGGUGUUACGGGGAUGCGCGUCUAACCUGCAAGAAUUCUAACGAAGAUUCUGGGCAGCGGCUGUGACAAUCUGUGAGCUGGUGGGGGUAACACGUGACCAGAGACGACCCUUUUUUUUAACAGAAGCCAUGGAGAACGGUUUCCUGAUGGCGAGGCAGUGACUUCGGCUGAGCCCUGUCCCGCUCACAGCGCCCCCUCUCGGCCCGGGCGGCCCACCAUGCCCCGGCCAUGAAGGGAUACCAUGUGAGCCGCAGCCUAUCCCAGCAUUCCUCGGGGCCGUGCCACUGCAUGCCCGAGGACUGUGACGUGCCGCGCGAGUACAUGCCCCACCCGGCGGACCACUACCAGGGCCACGGCGAACACUCUUACUACCCACCGGGGGCGCCGCCCGACCCCCUGCCGCUGCCUGCGUCUGGAGGGGGCACCUUCCCCCGGGCGCACCCCAGCCAGCAGCCCUACGACUCCUGCGAGGAAUGCCUCUCGUCAGGGCCGGCCGGGCACCCGCCGGGAGGGGGCAAGAUGCACCGCAUCCCGCCCAACCUGCUGGACCAGUUCGAGAAGCAGCUGCCCUUCCACCCGGACGGCUUCCACACGCUGCAGUACCAGCGGACGGCCAGCGGGGAGCAGCGCAGCGAGAGCCCCAGCCGGAUCCGCCACCUGGUGCACUCGGUCCAGCGGCUCUUCGCCAAGUCGCACUCGCUGGAGGCGCCGUCCAAGCGGGAGUACAACGGCGCCCGGUCCGAGUACCGGGAGAGGGGCGGGGGCCACCGGGGCGGGGGCGGGGAGGAGCCAUCUCACCACUAUGCCUCCCAGCACGUCUCCCGCUCCGCCCGCCGGAGCAAGAGCCGCGAGCGCAGCAAGAGCGGCGACUACCGGCACGAGUCCCGCCAUGAGUCCCGCCACCGGAGCCGGACCGCCGGCUGGUGGAGCUCCGAUGACAACCUGGACAGCGACAGCGGCUACCUGGGGGGCCGCAGGGGCCGGGGUGGGAUCCCCAUGCACGAGAGCCUGGACGGGGCCAUCCAGGACCUGACCAUGAAGACGCUCAAGGCCAAGGGCCCCCCGGGGGAGUGCCUGGCCUGCACCACCAUGGCCCUCGCCGGGGAGGCCGGACACUCCCUCAAGAGGAGCACCUGGUCCACCAUGACGGUCAGCCAGGCGCGGGAGGUGUACCCCGCCCACAGGGCAGGGUACGACAAGGCCCUGGUGCCCCUGGAGUCCAAGGUCAAGGAGCGCAGCUACCACUACCUCCAGGUGCCGUCGGAUGACUGGGGUGGCGGGUACCCGGGGGGGGACAUCGGGGGGGAGAUCCCCUGUAGGAGGAUGCGCAGCGGCAGCUACAUCAAGGCCAUGGGGGACGAUGACAGCGCCGAGUCGGACGCCAGCCCCAAAGCCUCGCCCAAGACCGCCAUUAUCGCCCAGAGAGAGGCCUUCCGCCGCUCCGUCAGCAUGGAUCACCGCUCCUCCAGCUCCAAAUACUCCUGUACACAGUGCACUGACGCCUACACCAACAGCCGUACCACGCCCAAGGGACACACGCGUUCCCGUAGUUACACACGCUCUCUGACCAGCGCACAGCUGGGCGACACGCUGAACCGGCAGUUCGAGGCGGUGUGCGAGACCGUGUUCGGGGAGAUGGAGUCCCAGGCCGUGGAGGCGCUGGACCUGCCAGGAUGCUUUCGAACCCGCAGCCACAGCUACGUCCGCGCCAUCCAGGCCGGCUGCUCACAGGACGACGACUGUCUGUCCGUCUUCUCCCUGUCCGGCCCCCAGGGCGGGGGCAAGGGCGCAGCUGUGUUCCCCCACAGAAAGGCACCCCCGCCCCUCCCGCCCCGGAUGUCUAAGCCCAUGAUUUCGGUGACGGCGCAGAGCAGCACAGAGUCGACCCAGGAUGCCUACUUCCAGAGCACUGGGCAGCCCGCCCCGGGACGUCCCAAACAGCACAGUAACUCACUGGACGGCCUGGAGAGCGGAGGGGGGCGAUCCUCCAGGGCCGAAUACUACCAGGGGGCGAGCGCCGGGCGCGUCAAGCAGCACAGCAAUUCGGCGGAGAGCCUGGACGGGACCAGGGCGGGGCGGGACGCCUCGUACCAAGGCGGGCCGAUGCGGGCCAAGCACAGCAGCUCCGCGGAAAACCUGCUGGAGACGGGAGGAAGGGCGCCCCGGGAGAGGGUGGGGGGCAGCCUGGGGAAGUCCACCUCCCUCCCUCAGAACAGCAUGUCCCUCAGCAAGGGGGGCCCGGGGGCGGCGGACGAGCACAAGCAGGAUGUGCGUACGCGCAAGUGGAGACCUUCCAUCGCAGUGCAGGUGGACAGCUCAGAGACGCUGUCAGACUCAGACACUGAGAGCAAAGGGCUACGGGAGGUGCACUCCAUCGGCGUCCAGGUGGAAGAGGAUAAGAGACGGGCACGCUUCAAGCGCUCCAACAGCGUGACGGCGAGCGUGCAGGCAGACCUGGAGCUGGAGGGCUUCCCGGGGAUGGGCGUGUCCACACAGGACAAGGCGCUGCAGUUCGGCUGCUCCUUCCAGAGGCACUCGUCGGAGCCGGAGUCGGCCAGCCAGUACGCCGAGUACCGCACCGUCCACACGCAGGGCCAGUGGGCGUACCGGGAGGACUACCACAGCGGCUACGCCACCGAGCCCUGCCCGCCGGACCCCCGCGCCCGCACCCACUCCCCGCUGCCCCUCGGCCCCGAGCGCAGCUGGUCCGAGGGCCCCCGCAGCCUGCCGGACUCUGGCCGCGCCUCCCCCUGCCACCGUGACGGGGAGUUCUUCCUGCGCCUCCUGCAGACGGAGGUGGAGAGGAUGGAGGGCUGGUGCCAAAACAUGGAGAGGGAGGCGGAGGUCAACGACCUGCCGGAGGAGAUUCUGGAGCUGAUCCGAAGCGCUGUAGGCAGUGCCCAGCUGCUGAUGUCCCAGAAGGUCCAGCAGUUCUUCCGGCUCUGCCAGCAGAGUGUGGACCCCACGGCGUACCCCCAGCCCACCUCCCAGGACCUGGCCGGGUUCUGGGACCUGCUGCAGCUGGCCGUGGAGGACGUGCGGGUGAAGUUCCAGGACCUGCAGCGGCUCAAGGACUCGGGCUGGAGGCUGCCGCCGGAAAACAAGGAGGAAAAGAAGCUUCCUCCCCCUUUACCAAAGAAGCCGACCGGAGGCGUGAGCGGGGUCGGGGUUGACGGAGGGGGUGGGGGCAGCAUCGGGGGGGGCGGUGGGCUGCUGCUGGUGUCCCGCGGCGGUCGCGCCCUCCCAGUGCGGGAGAAGUCCCUGGACCUGGGAGACCGCCAGAGGCAGGAGGCACGGAGGAGGCUCCUCCAGGCCAAGCGGACCGCCUCCUUCCGGCAGAACUCCGCCACCGAGAGCGCGGACAGCAUCGAGAUCUACAUCCCCGAGGCCCAGACCCGGCUGUGAGCCACAACCUGACA